GUUCCCGUACAUUACUUUCAUUUUCCCAGAUGCUUCAGUGUGCCUCAUUUUCGAUGGUUGUGGUAACUUAGUUGUGGCAAUACUUCCAGCAAAAAUGGCCAGUGGAAACACAGUUGUCAUGCCCUCUAAAGGAGCAAACAUCCAAACACCCUCUGGGUUGCCCAGUGUUGCUCUUCAGGCAUCUGGAGCAACUCCAUAUCCUCAGCUUGGAGCUCAACAACUUGGUGCUUCCACCAGUGUUCCUCAGCAAGUCCUCCAAAAGAAUCCUUUGCAGGAUUUCCUCAAUGCUGAGACCAAAGUAUUUGGGGCCAUCCAAAUUAUGAUUGGGUUGCUGCACAUUGCCUUUGGGGCUGUCGUAAUUAGUCUUCCUCCUCCCAGUCCUGGCGUGACUACAGUUGGAGGUUACCCUUUUUGGGGAGGGAUAUUUUUCAUUUCUUCUGGAUCAUUAUGUAUAACAGCUGCAAAUAGUCAAAAUCGUGUUUUGGUGAAAUCCAGUAUAGGAAUGAACAUCACAAGUGCUAUCAUGGCAUUAUCUGGUAUCCUGAUAUGUAUAACUGACCUGGCUAUAACUCCUUAUGUAGAUCAGAGUUCAUAUGAAGUUUACAGGUUAAAAGGCCUCCCUGGAGACACCAAGGAGGCAGCUGCCACCACCUCAGCCCUGACCCUGGCCCAUCCCAUCCCAGCCGGGUGCUGGUGGUGGGAACAGUGCUGCUGCUGGGGCAAGACAGUGCUCAUCAAAGGUCAGCUGCGUGCCAGCCAGCCUGGGCACCUCACCAGUGCUUCCACUGCCUCUAUGGCCUGCUGCCUCUGCAGCCUGUGA